AUGCUCUACAACAGCCAGCACAUCCAAGACAAGGAGGCCAAGCGCCAAGCGCGCGAGGAACAGCUCUUCCGCGAGACGUACCCUGCUCUCUACGCCACCGAGCAGCGCCGUAAGGCCAAGAAAGCACGCGUGGCGGUCAAGCCGCAGCCCAAGAAGACACCCGUGACCCGGCCCACGACCAAGAUGACCAAUCCGGUGGCCAAAGCGACCAUGCCGGUGGUCGACCUUCGCAAGAAGGCAGCCGCAGCUACGACUACGCCAGCCCUAGUGUGCUCGGCGGCGCCUGCCCCAAAGACUGCAACGCCCCUCGAGAUAGCACAAACCCGAAUCACGGAGCUCACGACAGAGCUCGCAGCGGCGCAACGGACCAUUGACGAGCAAAGCGCCACCAUUGCACGUUUGCAACAAGCCGCAGAGCCCAAGACCACGACGACGACGACCCUCGACGACGCCGCGGACAGCUUUGCAAGCAGUUCGAUGACACCGGCGCCAACACUUGUGGCUGAUUCAGCCGCCGCCCACGGUUGCACCGACGCAGCGAGCUCCGAAUGCAAGUCACCAAUGGCGAUCCUGCAAGAAGCGGUACUUCAACAAGCACCGAGUCUGCACCGCAUUCCUCAGGCAGGCAACGAUCAGCACGGGCCACCACUGUUCUGGACACCAGACGAGCGUGUUGCAGCGAUCGAUACGCUC